GAAGGGGGACAGAAAAUGCCAGCAAUUCUCGUGGCCUCGAAGAUGAAGUCGGGGCUGCCCAAGCCCGUUCACAGUGCCUCUCCUAUCCCGCACACAGCAGCCAGGGCUUUACAGCAACCCUGUUACCUGAAGCUGGAGACCAAGGAGGAGGUGACCAAGCCAACAUAUUCGAACUCUUCACAUGGACUGGAUGCUGAAUGGGAAGGAAUUCUGCAAGGAAAGCUUGCCUCUGCUGAAAACGGCUUUGAUACUCAGAUUUACACCGACUGGGCCAAUCAUUACCUGGCAAAGUCCGGCCACAAGCGGCUCAUCAGAGACCUACAGCAGGAUGUGACGGAUGGGGUGCUACUGGCUGAGAUCAUCCAGGUUGUGGCGAAUGAAAAGAUUGAAGAUAUCAAUGGCUGUCCGAAGAAUCGAUCACAGAUGAUUGAAAAUAUUGAUGUGUGCCUGAGUUUCUUGGCUGCCAAAGGAGUUAAUAUACAGGGUCUUUCAGCAGAAGAAAUCCGGAAUGGAAACCUGAAGGCCAUCCUGGGUCUCUUCUUCAGUCUUUCCCGAUAUAAGCAGCAACAACAGCAGGCACAGAAGCAGCAGCAUCAGCCCUCAGUUGUCUGCCAGCAGCAGGUGCCUCAGCAUCUUCCUCCUCAGCAUUCCCAGUGUCAGCUUGGCCUUCAGCAACAGGCACAGGGCACACCUUACACCCAACCUCACCACCAAGUGCAACCACAGUGCCAACAGAAAGCACAGUUGGAAAUGCAGUCAAGGCUUCCAGCACCCACCACGAGAUUGUCAGCUGCAGGCAGUGAGACCAAGACUCGUGUGUCCACCAAUGCCAACAACAGGCGCAGUCAGAGCUUUAACACCUUCGAUAAAUCCAAAUCUGGUCAUAAUCCAGCAGUAAGCAAUGACAAAGUUCCAGAACCAGCAGACAACACAUCUCAGCAGCCAGGAAUGAAUGAGAAUGUACAGUCUUCUGCAAACAGCAGUAACAGUGGGGUCUCCUCGGCCAUUCCCCAGCCCAACUCUGCCAAGCCCUGGCGCAGCAAAUCACUCAAUGCCAAGCACACUGCCACGUCUUCCAUGCUAUCUGUGAAGCAGCCCCAGCAGGAGCCUCCUAAGCCUCCAGUUGAGCCCACUGCCAAGAACAAUGCCAACAACCAGAAGUCCAUGCUGGAGAAACUGAAGUUGUUCAACAGUAAAGGUGGCUCCAAGGCCGGUGGAGCCAGCCUGGAGAACUCAGGGUCUCGUGAGGGCAGCUGCGAGCGACAGGAGCCCACUUCUAACUGUAUGGACCUCGGCGACACAGAUGGGCCGGCCAAAGGCGUCAGCGGUGCCGCGCCUUCCUCGAACAGCCCAAAAAUUGCACUAAAAGGCAUCGCACAAAGGACCAUCAGUCGUGCACUGAGCAAUAAGAAGAGCUCACCCAAGGGCAGUGAAAAGGAGAAAGAGAAGCAGAAAGAGAAGGAGAAAGACAAAGCAAAGGAGGUCUCCAAAAGAGCGUCCAUGUCAGAAAAGAUUGAAGCAGACAAGGAGACCAAAGAGGAGUCACAGGCUGCUGCUUCUGAAAUGCCAAAAAAGUCCUCCAAGAUCUCAAGCUUUAUCCCAAAAGGAGGGAAGUUGAGUGGAGCCAAAAAAGAUCUGGCCACCCCUCAGCAGAGCGGUAUACCAAAACCAGGGCUGAAAACACCCACAGGGAAAUCUACAAGUGCCCAAGCUCCUGCAAAGGAUGGCGAGAGAGCACGAAGUGGAAAGCCGGGUGUUGGAGUCGCACUGCAGAAAGCGCAGUUGGACAGCAAGAAUUCCAGUUCCAGUAGUUUAGCCUCCUCGGAAGGAAAGGGGGCUGGGGGGACACCCCCUGUCAACAGUAACAAUGUUCAGGCUGCCACCACAGUGAGCACAACCCAAACAACAGGAAGUAACACAGUCAGUGUACAGCUACCUCACCCACAGCAGCAAUACAGCCAUCCCAACACUGCCACUGUUGCUCCAUUCAUGUACAGGUCACAGACAGACAAUGAAGGAAAUGUAAUGACUGAAUCUGGUACAGGGGGAGUGAACAUGGAUACCGUGCUGUACAGCAAAAAUGGACAAACCUGCAUCGAAGAUCUGCCUGGAGAGGACCCAGAGACUCGAAGAUUACGAACUGUCAAGAACAUUGCCGACCUUCGCCAGAACUUAGAAGAGACCAUGUCCAGUCUACGAGGGACACAGAUCACACACAGCACGUUGGAAACGACAUUUGAUAGCAGCGUUACCACAGAGAUCAGUGGCCGCAGUAUACUCAGCAUGACGGGGAGGCAAACUCCGUUGUCGUGGCGACUGGGCCAGUCCAGUCCUCGCCUCCAGGCGGGAGAUGCACCAUCAAUGGGAAAUGGAUAUCCUCCACGGGCCAAUGCCAGCCGGUAUAUACACCCCGAGUCAGGCCGCUAUAUGUACACCACUCCUCUGAGGAGGCAGCUGGCCUCACGCAGCAGCAGUGUAUGUCACUCCGAUAUUCCCGACAAGAGUGGUGAUGAGAUCGAUCUUGAGGGUGUCAACAUGGAUGUAGCUGGAUAUAUGAGCGAUGGAGAUGUCCUGGGCAAGAACUUGCGGACUGACGAUAUUGCUAGCGGAUAUUUGACAGAUGGUGGGCUGGGACUCUAUACUCGUCGACUUAACCGCUUGCCGGACGGAAUGGCUGCCGUGCGAGAGAAUGUUCAGCAUAACACAUCCAUAGGCCUGGGUGACGCAGACAGCUGGGAUGACAGCAGCUCUGUCAGCAGUGGAAUCAGCGACACAAUAGACAACCUCAGCACUGACGAUAUCAACACAAGUUCCUCCAUCAGUUCGUAUGCCAACACCCCGGCCACGUCCCGGAAAAACCCCAGUAGCCAGCUACAGACAGAUGCAGAGAAGCAUUCAGACAGAAACUCCACUUGGUCUGGUGAAGAGCUAAAACGAUCGGACGGCGGAUCAGACAGUGGAAUAAAGAUGGACUCCAGCACGAAGUGGAGGCGUAACCCAUCGGAUGUUUCCGAUGAGUCAGAGAAAAGCUGCUCAAAUAAAAAGACGACGGUAAUUUCCCAGACAGGAUCGUGGCGUCGAGGGAUGACUGCUCAAGUUGGAAUCACCACGCCAAGGGCUAAGACGUCUGCAAACACACUAAAAGGGCAUGGUGCAGCAAAAACUGAUGAUGCUAAGGUGUCAGAAAAAGGGAGGUUGUCCCCUAAGUCUACAAAUGUUCAUGGCUCUCCUUCAGAAGUUGGCCGCAGUAGUGGAGACGAAGGGAAGAAACCUCCUUCCAAUGCCUCACGUUCAACCGGAGGAACAAACACUUUUGGUUUCAAGAAGCAUGGAGGCUCUUCAGGGGGCAUCACCAUGAUAACAGCAAGUGGAGCCACUAUUACCAGUGGCUCUGCAACCCUUGGCAAAAUCCCUAAGUCAUCAGGCCUUGUGGGUAGAACAUCUGGUAGAAAAGCCAGUGUUGACGGCUCCCAGAACAAUGAGGAGAAUUACCUUAUACUAAAUUCACGCACUAACUUGCAGUACCGGAGCCUGCCUCGACCCAGCAAAUCAAAUAGCCGGGGGACUGGGAACCGAUCUAGUACCAGCAGCAUAGACUCUAACAUCAGCAGUAAAUCAGCAGGUCUUCCUGUUUCAAAACUGAAAGAGCCAUCUAAGGUAGCCUCAGGCAACACAGUGCCUCCGUUACCUAACCAGACUGAUAAAGAGAAAGGUGUAUUGUCUGAUACAGAGAGUGUGGCUUCAUCAAACUCUGUCAAAGCAAAUCCUUCACAAAUUGCAACCAGCAGCUCUCAGACUGCUCGACAGCAAGGUUCGAAAUACCCUGACAUAGCGUCCCCCACCUUACGCAGACUGUUCGGGGUCAAGCCAAGUGCUAAGCAAGCGCCUGUCACAACAUCUGAAAACAUGAAGAAUUCCACCAUCAUCUCCAAUCCCCAUGCCACCAUGAGCCAGCAGAGCAGCCUGGAUUCUCCACCGUCGUGCUUAGGCAGUGGAGGAAGCAGCCCACUCUAUAACAAGACCACAGACAUGAUACAGUCUCCCUUAGCUUCCAGUCCAGCGUCAGUCCAUUCCAACGGUGCACCUUGGGGUGCCAGUCUGACCAGUUCGUCUACCAUUAGUAAGGAGGGCCCUGGUUAUCAGUCGGUAAACAGCCUGCAUACCAGCUGUGAGUCCAUUGACGUCUCUCUCGGCAGCGGAGGUGGCCUCAGUCAUCACAACUCCACUGGUUUGAUCCCUUCCUCCAAAGAUGACUCUCUUACUCCUUUCGUGAGGACGAACAGUGUUAAGACAACUUUGCCUGAGAGUGAUCCACAGCUUAAUAGGAAUACCUUGCCUAAGAAAGGAUUCAGGUAUACUCCUUCAUCUCAACCACGAGGUAAUGACGAAACUAAAGAGUGGCUGCGUUCGCACUCUGCAGGGGGACUGCAGGAUAACAGCAACAAUUCACCAUUUUCUCCAGGAUGUAGUAUCACCUCACCCUCUGGAACAAGGUUUAACUUUUCCCAACUAGCAAGUCCAACCACUGCCGCCCAAAUGAGCCUCUCCAACCCCAGCAUGCUACGAUGUCACAGCGUAUCCAAUCAGGAUGGGUCACAUGAUCCGUACAGCGAUUCCAGAUUUCGGAACAGUUCCAUGUCAUUGGAUGAGAAGCACAGGACAAUGAGCCGCUCUGGAUCAUUCCGGGAUGGAUUCGAGGAAGUUCAUGGAUCAUCUCUAUCUCUGGUCUCCAGCACAUCCUCCAUUUACUCAACACCAGAGGAAAAGUCACAGUCAGAGAUCCGCAAACUUCGCCGAGAGCUGGAUGUUUCCCAGGAGAAAGUAGCAGCAUUGACAACUCAGUUGUCUGCCAAUGCUCACCUUGUAGCAGCCUUUGAGCAAAGCUUAGCAAAUAUGACGGGAAGGUUGCAGAGCUUGACGAUGACAGCUGAACAGAAGGAUUCUGAACUUAAUGAAUUGCGAAAGACCAUUGAACUGCUCAAGAAGCAAAAUGCUGCAGCCCAGGCAGCUAUAAACGGAGUCAUCAACACACCUGAGCUCUCCUGUAAAGCAGGAAAUGGUUCGACACAGUCAGCAGACCUAAGAAUCCGUCGCCAGCAUUCAUCAGAUAGUGUGUCCAGCAUUAACAGUGCCACCAGUCAUUCCAGUGUGGGCAGCAGUGCAGAGGUCGACUCCAAGAAAAAGAAGAAGAAGAACUGGUUGAGAAGCUCCUUCAAGCAAGCUUUUGGCAAAAAGAAGUCUCCAAAGUCUGCUUCAUCUCAUUCAGACAUUGAGGAAAUGAACACACCCGAUUCGUCCUUGCCAUCCUCGCCCAAGUUUCCUCAUAACGGAUCAACUCCAUCCACCCCAGUGAUGAGAACAUCGCACUCCAAUUCGCUCAUUUCGGAAUGCAUCGAUGGCGAAGCCGAGACAAUUAUGCAGCUGCGCAGUGAGCUGAGAGAGAAGGAGAUGAAGCUGACUGACAUUCGGCUGGAGGCCCUGAGCUCGGCCCACCAACUGGACCAGUUGCGGGAGGCAAUGAACAGGAUGCAGACUGAAAUAGAAAAGCUGAAAGCUGAGAAUGACCGACUGAAGUCCGAGACUCAAGGUAGCUGCAGUCGGGCCCAGUCACAACUUUCCAUCUCUUCGUCCCCGCGCCAGUCACUCGGCCUUUCCCAGCACAGCCUUAACCUGACAGAGUCCAGCAGUCUUGAUAUGCUUCUUGAUGACAAUGUAGAUGGGUCGACCCGGAAAGAAGGCAGACAUGUGAAAAUUGUAGUCUGCUUGCAAGAAGAGAUGAGAUGGAAAGAGGAUUCUCGGAUCCGCCAGUAUAUAGUGGGCUGCAUUGGCGUCAGCGGUAAGACAAAGUGGGAUGUUCUAGAUGGUGUUGUACGCCGACUAUUUAAGGAGUAUAUUAUCCACGUGGAUCCAGUAAGCCAGUUGGGGCUGAACUCGGACAGUGUGCUGGGCUACAGCAUCGGAGAUAUCAUACGCACUAAUAAUGCGGACACGCCUGAAUUGUUACCCUGUGGCUACUUAGUAGGAGAAAGCAACACAAUCACAAUGUCAUUGAAAGGUUUGUCAGAGCACAGCUUUGAUUCCCUCGUGUUUGAGACACUAAUUCCAAAGCCAAUGCUGCAACGUUACGUCUCCCUGCUGACGGACCAUCGCCGUAUCAUUCUGUCAGGUCCAAGUGGUACUGGGAAAACCUUCCUGGCCAACCGGCUCGCUGAGUACAUGGUUCUCAGGGAAGGUAGAGAACUAUCAGACGGGGUCAUCGCAACCUUCAAUGUGGAUCACAAGUCUAGCAAGGAGCUCCGUCAAUAUCUUUCAAACCUUGCGGAUCAAUGCAAUAGUGAAACCAAUGCAGUCGAUAUGCCCAGUGUGAUCAUCUUAGACAAUCUACAUCACGUUGGCUCCCUUAGUGAGAUCUUCAAUGGCCUUUUGAACUGCAAGUACCAUAAAUGCCCUUACAUUAUUGGCACAAUGAACCAGGCUACAUCUUCCACUCCUAAUCUCCAGCUUCAUCAUAACUUCAGAUGGGUCCUGUGUGCUAAUCAUACUGAGCCAGUUAAAGGUUUUCUAGGUCGCUACCUUCGUCGGAAACUGAUAGAAACUGAGAUUAGUACAAGAACAAGAAACACGGAACUAGUGAGGAUCAUUGAUUGGAUCCCCAAGGUCUGGCAUCACUUGAACAGAUUCCUGGAGACUCACAGCUCAUCUGAUGUUACUAUUGGUCCUCGGCUGUUCCUGUCCUGUCCAAUGGAUGUUGACGGUUCAAGAGUUUGGUUUACAGAUUUGUGGAAUUAUUCGAUCAUCCCUUACCUGCUGGAAGCAGUGAGAGAGGGACUGCAGCUGUACGGAAGAAGGGCUCCUUGGGAGGACCCUGCCAAAUGGGUGAUGGAAACAUAUCCAUGGAUUGCUACACCACAGCAACACGAGUGGCCCCCUCUACUGAAGCUAAGGCCAGAAGAUGUCGGCUUUGAUGGUUUCAUACUAGCCCGGAAUGGUGGUUCCAGUAAACAGACCCAGCAGAGCGACGCUGAGGGAGACCCCCUUAUGAAUAUGUUAAUGAGGUUACAAGAAGCUGCAAACUGCUCGAGUCCCCACAGCUACGACAGUGACUCGAAUAGUAACAGCCAUCACGACGAUAUUCUCGAUUCUUCUCUGGAGUCCACGCUGUGAUCAAGCGUUCUGCCAAAAUCAUCUGUCACUUCUGUCCAAAGUUCCUCUCAACAGUUCUGCGGAAGGCGAGGACGCAGAAGAGGAACAAAAACUGACCCAAUAGCUCUCGCUUACUCAGCUGGACAGAAGCCUUGGUUUAUAUUAAAAAAAAAGAUGGGGCUUCAAGUACAGGAUACUUUAGUUCAAUUUUAAAUUUUGUAGCUCUGGUGGGUGCAGGUAACCCUAGGGAGACUAAAUUUGGGGUUUUUAACCCUGCCUGUUUUGUUAUAUAACUGAGAAAUGCACUAUUUCUUCAUUCAGUUGCUGGAGGCAGUUGUGCCAAGCCAAUGAGGAAAUGUUGUACUCUGCAUAAAACUAGUAAGACCUGAUUUUGAAAGGUAUAGACCUAACAUCCUUGUGCCAUGUACUGCCCUGAAAAAAUGUAUCCUAUGCUGCUCUCAGCCAAUCAGUCAGCAGACACUGGACAUUCCAACCAAGUCCUUCAAUAAUGGAGAGCGAGGGAGGGGAGGUGGGUCGGAGGGAAAGAGGAGGUGGAUGUGGAGCCCCCCUCGGCUGAAGGUAGUUUUGGUGCUACAUAACCCACUCAUGUUGCUCUUUGGAAGUUGGAUGAGUUUGAAAGACAAGCCGGCGCAAGAAUUUUGGUCUCUAUUCCAUCAACAGUCUACGUGCUCCGAGCGCGCGGGGCAUGCCUGGGUUGUUCCGCCAACAGGACGCCUGCCGAGAGCAUGGGCGGUCCUCUCCGAGACCCAAGAGAAAUAAUCUCUGGGAACAAGUGGCUGAGCCAGAAAUCAACAAAUAAGUCCCCAUUUUCUCCUGCUCUCACUUUCCUUAUUGAGAACACAUGCAUACAGGUACAUGUAUGCAUACACACACACACACACCUUGAUUGUCACUAAGGCUUGUCUCCUCACCAGGACUGGUAACACCUCCUCUGGAGUUGCACUUUUUCUUUGCAAAAACGUGAAAGAGAAGCUGGAUUGAGCUGUACCUCAGCGAAAAAAAACGCAAUCCUUUAGCCAAAUCCAUGCAAGCCUUUUUUUUUAAAACGACUGGUGCUGGAAAUAAAUGAUGCCUUACUCUCGCUCUCUCUUUUGUACUGGUUUUCUGGUUGUUUAAUUUUGCUAUUUAUUUUGUAUUGUUUCUGGAAAAUAAAAACAGGGCUGGAAUUUCAUCUCAAAACGUCAGUAAGAGUCGAGUUGUUUUUAGUCAGUGUUGUUUCAAAUGAUAUGUUAUAAGCAAGACAAACAAGGAAGCAAAUCGAUGAUUUCUUGGAUCGUGAUCAAACAGCAGCUCACUGUGUUUGAUAUUGUGAGGGUAAAUGUGCCUAACAAUAAAACACCAGACUGCAGAGUUUGACAUUAUGCCCAAUCAAUGAUGCUGUCAAUGCAACACAAAAGAAAUUCUUGAUAGACACUACAAUAAUGUAUAAAUACUGAAAUCAUCCAGUGACUGAGUAAUAGGUUUUUAAAUUGGAGUGCUUGUCGUUCAGUGCUGUUGUCCCCCUGCUUCCAUGUGAUGUAUUAUCACACAAUCCAGUGUUCAUACACUUUGACUGAUCAAUGUGUUUCUCGAUACCUCAAUGGGUUUGUUAAUGCUGCCAUUAAACUGUCAUUACUGUACUCUGAUCAAAAUCUUUCCAUUGUUGCAUUAAAACUGUGAUGACAUGGUUCAGCUCAGAAGGGGUGAAGGGAAUGCGGGCCAACGCUCAAUUAAUUUCUUCUGAGCACAAUUUUCUUUCUUUAAAAUGUGUAAUUAAUUUUUUUAAAUGCUUCCAAUUUUUUUUUUCUUUACGUCCUUUCCCGUCAACAGUGUCUGGUGUUUAAUGGUGUUCUGAGUUUAAGAUGCUAUGCAAUGUUCAUGCUAAUUCUUAACGGGAGCCAAAAAAAAACCUUUUCAAAACUGCCAACAAUUGUACAGGCUGAAAGAGACUUGUAAAUGGCUUUAGCUUAAUUUCUAGAUGGUGUUUUCUGUAAAUUUUGGGAAAUCUGUUCAGUGAUGAAAUGCUGAUCACAAUAAUGAUUAAUGUACCAAACCCAUAUUUGUUACUUGUGAUAAUUUUCACAUGCUUGUUAAAUGGAAGACUAUUUGUAGGAUUUAGUGAUUUCAGUGUUUUGAAUGUGUUUAAUAUGAUGUACAUUUUUCAUUGUAACAUAUAUUGUAAAUAGUUGAUUACAGUAAUGCAUUUUGAUGAAUUUUCUAGCCAUUUUUAAAACACUAGGAAAUCAGUAUUUUGUGUACUGUAUGAUGUGUCAUCCCAUUUGAAUCAAGUUCUGGUCACUCAUUGGAUUCAAUAUGGCCUACACAAGACCAUGUCUCAUUUGAGGAAGAAAUCAAGUUAUUGUGCCAGUCUUAAAUUAUUCCUGAUUCAAUAAAAUGAAUGCUUAUUUAUUCAA